ACUGGCACAUUUAGUAAUAUUAAUAAUAGUAGUUAAAAUCAUAAUAAAAACAUCUAAUUCGAGUAUAUCUACAGUCUUACAGGAAACCAAGAGAAGAAUAUUUGACGCCAAGAGAUAUGCUUAAUAUAUUUUAAGCUUUCUUUCUCUUUCAUUAAUUACCGUUAUAAAAUUACAUAGUAAUGUUAGUCUUACUAGUAGGAGCUGGAUUUUAGACUGAAGGCGGAAAAAAAAAGACUGUGUGCUAAAUUUAGUGGUAGUAUUUGCCACAAUCUGAGUGCGGUAUCGGAGAGCCGUUCCAAUCGGAAAGACAGACAGAAAAAAAAAAAAAAGAUGGUUUAAAGAUAACGUUAAGGUACGUUGGACAGAAAUAUUUUUACAUUCCUUUUCCUUUAACUCAAAACCAUGGCAUUAGGAUCCCUUCUCAACGUUUUCAAGAGCAAGGAUGCAAAAAUAGAAGCAGAGCUCUUGGCUCAAGGCUUUGAAAAAUCGGAAUGUGAUUUUGAUUGUGGAACUUGUUCCACCAAGUUUCCAAAUUCAGUCAAGAUCCAAGAUGAUUCUGAAGGAUCUCUUUGGGAAACUUCCAAGCCAUAUGGUCUUCAAGUAAUUAUUCCUACCGGGAAGACCGACUGGCCCCAUGAUGCGUAUCUGGAGGAGGGGAAGCUUCCCAAUAUUGUAUCCAAUUGGGCGGAAAAGUCUGCCGAGAAAUUUCCUGGCUUGGGAAGUGCCACCAACAUUAAAGUUUCAGUAUCUUCUUUAUGUACACCUGAAUUGAAUUCAGGCAAUGAAGAACAUGCUAACCAAACUAGAGGAGACCUCUUAUUAUUGCCCUUCUUUGUGUGGGUGAGGAACGUGACCGUUGAAGAUGUCGCUCAAGUAUUGGAUGAAGUUAUCCCCAUUCUUCUUGAUCUUCGUGACAAGAAAAGUGACACCAUUAUAGAGAAAAUAGAUAAUUUCCCAGAAGUAACAUUUGAAAUCUCCAAAUUUCAAUCUUAUAUUUUCUUGUGUUCCCAUAGAACAAGAGAUAAGUUAUGUGGAAUCACCGCACCAAUCAUGAAGAAGGAGAUGGAAAUUCAUUUGAGAGAUUUAGAUUUACAUAGAGAUGAAGGUGACGACCGUGAGGGUGGGGUUCAAGUGAGCUAUGUUAACCAUAUUGGUGGCCAUAAGUAUGGAGCUAAUGUCAUUAUUUACUUGAGAAAAUCUGGUAAGAAUAUUUGGCUUGGAAGAUGUCGUCCUAAUAAUGUUCAACCAAUCAUUGACGAAUGUAUUUUAGGAGACGGGAAAGUGUGGCCAGAGAAGUUACGUCUUACUCAAAGACACAAUCCUAUCGAGUGGUAGAUUAAUAUGUUUCCAUUUCUUUUUCUAAUUAUAUUUAUUAUAUAAAUUUAUAUCUUUGAUGUA